GUGCUUGUCAGUUCUUGUUCCCUCUCCUGGUGUUGGGGAAAUUUACUCCGGAGUGAGUCCAGCUCCGUUCAACAUUUGUUUGCACCCCGACUAACUCUGAUAUGCUGGAGCAGGGAUCUCCUGAGUGCACCCCGCCGUGGGGAAGCAGUCCCUAAUAGAUCAGGGGUAAGUUCGGUCACCCAUAUCUUCGUUCCCAUCAAUCGACUAAUCUUGGACCUGCAAUGACAGUCUCUCGCCGUAUUUCAUGUCUCGUCAUACUCCUUCGAUUCGCACAGCUCAGCUUCCUCCUGGAACCUUCUAGAUCUCGGUAACGGUGACACAACUGUGCUUUUCAGCGGCCCCAUAGUACAGGAGGUAGUAUGGCUGGACGAUGAAAGUCUGUUGUACAUUAACGGGACAAACUCGGACAUCGAGGGGGGUUCUGAGUUGUGGAUUGCUAAAUACUCAAAGCCAAGUGAACGGUAACAGCCAUACCAUCCCGCUCCACAAGGCCUGGGCAAGCCGGCUGACCCCUAUUAGAUACAAGGCUGCCUCCCUCCCCGCAUCCGUGUUGAAUCUGAAGACCGUUUCUCCCACCGAGGGAUCCGUAAGCUUUGUUGUGUCAGCCCUGACCUACCCCAAUGGCACCAUAUACAACUCCGAGUCCGCCCCCAAGAGAUUAGAUACUGGUUUGGUUUACGAAUCCCUGUUCGUUCGCCAUUGGGAUGCGUACGAUAAGCCUGAGAAGUCGUCUUUGUUCUCCGGCGUCCUCUCACUCGACGGCGAUAGGUUCAGGCUUGAAAAGGAGAUCAAGAAUUUGAUGGUGGGCGCUGAUGGCACCAUUGAGACGCCCAUUGCACCCUUUGGGGGCACUGAUGAUUUUGACAUCUCCCCGGAUGGUCAAACCGUAGCCUUCGUUUCAAAGACUCCGUAUCUCAACCCAGCAAACCAUACCCAAGUUUUGGUAUAUACCGUGCCUUUUGACGGCUCCUCGAAGCCUGAGCCCAUCAAUCUUGAGGGAAAAGACACGGGCGGGUAUCCUCUCCCUGAAGGCGCUGCAUCGUUUCCAAAGUUCUCGCCAAACGGCGGUGCAUUGGCAUAUCUUCAGAUGUAUAUGAACGGGUAUGAGAGUGACCAGAAUAAUGUCUUUAUCUAUAGGAUGGAUUCUUCGUCUAUCACUGCCCUCUGGAAACCAUGGGAUCGCUCCCCUGGUGGGCUUCUCUGGUCAGGCGACGGCAAUACCAUCUACCUUACCGCCGAAUCAUAUGGGCGAGUCAGAAUUUUUGAAGCACGCAUUGACGAUGACACGCCAAAAGAGAUCACAGCCGAGGGAAAUAUUGCGGCUUUGCAUCUUCUCCCCUCGGGCGACCUCCUCAUCUCCCGGAACUCACUCACCUCGUCCAUUGGCUACUUUGUCUUUAAUCCCUCCUCAAAGCACUUCAAGACCCUACUUCUUCCCACUGACGUGGACCCCCAGCUCACCGACCUGUCCAAAAUCACCGUCGAAGACUUCUCCUUCGAUGGUGCGGAGACCAAGGUUCAUGGUUUUAUCGUGAAGCCUUCGGGCUUUGACUCUUCAAAGAAGACUCGACUCGCUUUCCUCAUACACGGCGGUCCUCAAGGGGCAUGGACAGAUUCUUGGAGCACUCGUUGGAAUCCUGCCUUAUUCGCCGAAGCCGGGUACAUUGCAGUUGCCGUAAACCCAACCGGAAGCACGGGAUACGGACAAGCUUUCACAGAUGCUAUUCAGAAUCAAUGGGGCGGCCUUCCAUACAUAGAUCUCAUCAAAUCUAUGGAGUACUUGGAAAACACGGAAGAAUACAACUAUAUCGACUUUGACAAUGCAGUCGCAUUGGGCGCAAGCUAUGGUGGUUAUAUGAUCAACUAUAUCCAGGGGAUGCCGCUAGGGAAGAAAUUCCAAGCCUUGGUAUGCUAUCACUUAUCCCAUUCGUCACUGCAGCGCUUACUUAUGACAGGUCUGCCACGACGGUUCAUUCGCAUCCCAAAACAUCUACUCAACUGAUGAGCUUUACUUUCCCCAACGCGAGGUAAUCGACGCUCCAUUAUCCCCUUUUUUCCACUUCUAUAUCACUAACCCCACAAAGUUCAAUGGCACUCUCUGGGAUGACCCCGAGAACUAUUCGAAAUGGAGCCCAUCGGCCCAUAUCAAGAACUGGGGGACUCCCCAAUUUGUGAUUCACAAUGCGCUUGACUUCCGUCUACCUAUCAGCGAAGGCCUAUCAGUAUUCAAUAUCUUGCAAUCUCUAGGAAUCCCCAGCAAGUUUCUUACAUUCCCCGAUGAAAACCAUUGGGUUUUGAAGCCAGAAAACAGCCUGGUUUGGCACAGAGAAGUACUGGAAUGGAUCAACAGAUGGACAGAAGCGAGGGCAAACAGAGGGGCCGCGAAAACGGGCAAGGUUCAAACCGUCCUCAGGGCGCGGGACAAGCUA